AUUGCAGGCGAGGCCGACCAAUGGCCGAGCGAAGCGAAGCGGAUCCGAGUUCCGAUUGGCCAGCUGGUCCCAAGGGGCCGUCGGAACCACCUGCCUGUGACAUCACGGAGGACCUUCGGACGGCGACAAUGGACGACAUUCUGACAGGAGAUAUCCGACCAGUAAGACGGGCUCCACCACCACCCAGAUCUAAGCCAGCCGUCCAACAGCCCAGGAAUGAUGACUUAUUAGUCAUACAGUCACAGGGAGGUCCAAGUUGUAAGGUCCCACCACCAAGACGAAAUGCAAAUGGAAUCUCCAGAUCAACUUCAAUGCCAUUGUCUACCAGCUCCCAGAAGAAGAAAGUGCCUCCUCCUCGGCCACCACCUCCAAAGCUCACCCCGGAAAAGGCACAUCCAAUUUUUCACAGGUUGCAUAAGUUUUCAGUUAGAAAGAAAUCCCCUCACCUGCAAGAGCAGAAUGGAACGUCAAGCAAAGGUGUUGUUGGUGGACUGUUUGGUCGAGUGCGCCCACCGCCAUCCCGACCCAAGCCCUCCUCUGCUCACAACUCAAUAUCUGUUCCUAGUACACCCGUCACAGAAGCUGCGCUCAUAGACUUCUCAUCACCCCCUGGCUCCCCAACCACUAGAUCUGGCAGUGAUGGACUUAGUGUAAAUAGUUUUGGUAGUGAGUCCUCCUCUGGAAAUCAGAGCUCAGGGUUUGAUGACAGCUUUGACCCCUUUGGUUCUAUUCUGGAUCAAAAUCACUUUGUCCCACCAAAGAAGGUGGGAGUGUCCUCUUUCUAUACAGGACAGUUUGCUGGGGAUAAUGCUCAGACUCAGCCAUGUGUCACAGAAGAUCAAGAUCCUUUCGAGAUGCUAGCACGACGAUUAGAUUCAGUUUCUUCAACUCCAAACCAGCAGCCUGCCAGUGCGAGCUCCCAAAUACAAGCAAAUCCCAUGGUGCUACCCCAUAACUCAGCUCAGCCCAGCACACAGAAUGUGAAUACUGGCAAGUCAGAGCAGAAGGCAAAUUAUAGGCCAACCAUUAUCCGUACCAAAGCACCUGUUACUAGCAGCCAUGUAGAGAGUGCUGGAGGGACUGGCAACACUAAUAAAAAUCAGCAAUACCCUGGUGUGGCUGAGGAUAUUUGCUCUAUUGAUUGGGGAGCUGGAUCAAGACCUGGAGGUGUCAAUAUCAUCGAUCAAACUAUUCCUGAGGAGCCACCACCUUUGCCUCCAAGACCAGAAGCUGAGGAGGAAGAUCAAGACCGUCCCUAUGGGAUAGCAGAAUUUGACUUUGAAGCUUCACAGCAAGAUGACUUGAGUUUCAAGAGUGGUGACUUGAUACAGCUGCUCUAUAGAAUGAACGAUGACUGGUUAUUUGGCCGUUGUGGACACAAGGAAGGCAUGUUCCCACAGUCUUUCAUAAAGAUUGUUGUGCCCCUUGCUGGUGAACAAGCUUACCCAGACUCAUCAGCUUCUUCAUCCAUAACAAAAACCUCUUCCAGUGAGGCCAGCAACACAUCAAAUGUUGUCACAGCCCUGUAUACCUUCCAGGCAGAGACACCUGAGGAUCUCACCAUUAUGGAAGGCAGCAGGGUGUGCGUGACUGGACGAAUCAGUGAAGAAUGGUUGUAUGGGGAAUGUGAAGGAAGGGUUGGGCAGUUUCCAGCAAAUUUCAUUGAUCAAAUACCACAAGGCCUUUUACAGAUGUGACAGCAUAUUAUUUAGGGUGUAUUGAGACUCCAUUAGGGUUGAUUUGUUGAUAUUGUAGGUCAAACCUGGUAAUACUCACAUUUAUUUUUGUUGAGAAGAGGAGCAGAUACUUUAGAAACAUUCCUUUGAAAGCGGUAAACAAGGAAGUUCUUAUUAUCCCUCUUAUCUCACUACGAUACCUACACUUAAUUUUAAAGAUAUUGUGACCAGUGAGUAAAUUCCUGUGAGAUAGUUGCCAAAGAAAGUAGUAGUGUGUUGAUUUGAAUUUGAGUGAUAUGGUUAUUAUACUUGGCAAUGAUGGUUCUAAACUUUAAAAACUUGCAUAUUUUAGUUCCUGUUUUGUACAAAUAUAAAGAUUUUUCCUUUUUUAUUGGUGAUAAUGUGUAAAUAGUACUAGAAUUGUUGAAUAACAUUUAAUUCUAGAAUAAAGGGCAUGCCAUGUCCUUCAUUGUGGUAGGCACACUGUCAGACCUACCUCAUUCCUUUAUUAUGGAUAACAGUUAAUUAUUAUAUUUUUCAACUAAUACCUUGAGGCCAUAAGCUGCUGUGAUUAAAAAUGUAGAUUGUAAAUUAAUGCUUCCAUCAGUAGGCCUCCCAAUUAUUUAUGAGGUAAAUUUACUU